UCUGGACCCUAGACAAAUGUUAUUUGGCUAGACACUCUGCACUUGCCGAUUCCCUCAACCAAUCCUUAUAAUUCGCCUGCUACCAUGGAUUCCAGCCGUACCAAGGUUGAGAAACGAAACAGACCACCAGUCUCUUGUGAGCCAUGUCGUUCUAGAAAAUUGAAAUGUAAUCGUGCUUCCCCAUGCGAUACGUGCAUUAAGAGGAAUCAGGCACCAUCAUGUCAGUACGCGACCAAUGCCAAUCGCGGCAAACCCGGUGUUUUUAAGAAGAGCAACGUCACCGACCGACUGAAGAACCUGGAAGAUUUUGUUUCUUCAUUCCUGGUGGACGAUGUUGCCGUCCAACCGCAAACCCAGACGAACCCCGGCAUUGCGUCCGGUAAUCAGAGGGUCACCCCAGCACCCCCCGGGUGGCUGAGUUCUGCACUGGAUCUUGGUUCCGGUUGCAGUGUCCAGAGUAGCCAAGACGAGACUAUUAGCAUUGAGACGCCCCGUGUGCUCGAGUCUCGAGACGGCCAGGUUAAUUAUGUCGACCCCAGCCACUGGUUGUCUAUCUUGGAAGACAUCAAAGAAAUUCGAGAACAUCUCACACCAUCGGACAGCUCAAUUCUGCAUGAUGGGCUAGGCAACGGCGGCAGUCCUCUUUGGGAGCCUGAAGCCAGCUUCCUGUUCGGCUUCAACCAGAAUCCGAGUCUCCACGAGAUCCUCGCUUCUCUACCACCGCAGCCAGUCUGUGACAGGCUGCUUUCUCAUUAUUUUGGUUCCCGAUUCAUGGUUCUUGGCAUUGUCCAUCCAACAAAGUUCCAAAAAGAAUAUGAAAAGUUCUGGGAGGCGCCUUCCAAGGCGCCCACGCUCUGGAUUGCACUUCUCUUUGCCGUGCUGAGCUUGACCGCAAUCCUACGGCAGCUGGCUAAGCCCGGCGAGACCGAAUCCGACGCAGCCAUGCCUUCGGUGAAAAUAUUGCAGCAGAGAACGGCGCAAUGUCUUAUCCUGGGCAAAUACACCACUGCCAACGCGUACGCGCUCGAGGCAUUUGUCUUGCAUUUUCAGAGCUGCUAUUUGAGUCAGACAACCCCUCCAAUCCACCUCUGGUUCGAAUUCGGCACGAUAAUUCGAUUAGCGUUCCGGAUGGGAUGCCACCGCGACCCAAUCAACUUGCCCGGCAUCUCGCCUUUUGACGGAGAAAUGCGCCGCCGAGUCUGGCUCAAUAUAUUCCAAGUUGAAGCUUUGAUGUCCUUUCAGCUGGGAUUUCCGACCAUGAUACCUACCGAGUACUGUGACACUCAAGUCCCAAGAAAUCUCGAGUAUUCCGAUCUCUAUGUCGAGAUGGAGACCCUGCCACCCGGUCGACCGCUAUCCCAGAACACUCCUGUCCAGUACACGAUCGUCAAAGCAAGCGUGAUGGAGGUAUUCAAGAAGAUAUCUGCUCACACACAACAUCUCACCGCACCGAGCUACCACACAACGCUUGCACUCGACGGCGAGAUGAGAGAAGUGUACGGCAACCUCCCCGAAUGCCUCAAACGUCGAGACGUCGGGCGCUCCUUCAUGGACCACUCCAGCCUCAUUCUAGAUCGCUGCACAAUCGAGCUUCUCUACCUCAAGGCCCUCGUCGUUCUCCACCGAAGAUACAUCAACUACGAGCCAGACAACCCCCGCUUCGAGCCCUCCCGCCGCGCCUGCAUGGAAGCAGCCCUCGACAUCCUCGCCCGCCAGGCAGACAUUCACCACGCUUCGCGUCCCGGCGGCCGCCUCUGCGAGGACAAGUGGAUGGUCUCGUCGCUGACAGCGCACGACUUCCUGCUCGCCGCCAUGGUCGUCUGCCUAGGCCUGUCCGUCCGCAUGCGCUCUGCCGCGGAGAGGGAACCAGGCUUCGGCGGCACCAGGGAGUACCGCGCCCUCCAGACCUCGAGGCAGAUAUGGGGCGCCGAAAGCACAAACUCGCCCGACGCACGCAUUGCGGCUCUCGCCCUGGGACUAAUGAUCGACAAAGUGACAGAGCACAAUGACCCGCCCUCUCCGCAAGUUCCCCCGGCUGUCUCUGCAGACUUUGAACUGCCUUAUGCAGAGACAAUGUCAGGGAUGAUUGAUGGGUUAGAGACUCUAAACUGGUCCCAGGGUGCCUCGCAGGCCAUGUUGUACGCCACUAGGCUAAUAGAUGAGGACCUCUAA